CUUAGGGCGGGCUACUUCCGCCUCUCAUCCAUUCAUCACCCUUCUUCCUCUCACCACCUCCUCGUCCCUCAUAACCCCCGCACGUCUCGCCGACCGCCUCUCUCCCCCUCCUCGUCGUUCCAGCCGCCGCACAGCCCAGGCGCGACCCGACGGGUUCAUAUCUCAGGUCGCUAUCGCCGGCGGUGAUUGAUUACCGUUAGCCUCGAGUCGGCCUUCAUACAAUCCACAUGGACCAGCAGCCCCCGUCCCCCCUUCAGCAGCCCGCCCACGGCGAGCAAACCGUCUCUCUGUCCGAUGAUAAGCCUCCCGCCAAGCCGCCCGUCGUAAGAGGCGCGAGGGCCUGCACCGUAUGCAGAGCCGCAAAGAUGAAAUGCGUCGGUGCCGACGAUGGCAACAACAUUCCCUGUCAGCGCUGCAAGCGCUCUGGUGCAGAAUGCAUCUUCGAGAAACACCGUCGCGGUCGGAAGCCCGGUUCAAGACUAUCGGAGGCGUCCAAAAUGCUCCGACGACUGGAAAAGGGUCUCAACAGCGCAAAACAGAAGUCGAACAUCAACGACAGCUUGACCCUUCCCCCGCUCGUCGGGCCUUCAUCAGCUGAUGCUCGCUUCCGAGAUAAUGGCGGCCCCAGCGGUUCCCACUACACGGGGCCAGAAUUGCCUCCGCUGAACCUUCCUUCUCAUAUCCAGGACGGUUAUGCGAGGUCCACCCAGACCUCUGACUCGGAGAUGGACGAGGACGACGAAGACGACCAAAAGGACGGCGGUAUGUAUCCAGCCCGCACUCCCGUGGCUCGGUCGUCGGGCGCCUCAGAGCGUUCGUUUUCUCAGCACCCGCCAUCGCCGCACGCGUCCUCUCGGCCGUCGACUUCAGUGGCAUCGCUCUUUGCAGAUGGUCCGACGCUGAAGGACCCCGUCGAGGCAGGUCUUCUAGCAGAGGAGGAAGUUGAAAAGCUCUGGGACAUGUUCUAUAUCCGCCUCAAUCCCUUCAUCAACCUAUUUGACCCCGCCCUCCACACCUACGCGUAUGUCCGCGGCAAGUGCCCGUUUCUCUUCACGGCGUUCAUCAUGGCCUGCUGCAAGUUCUUCAAGCCGGAGAUGUACCAGCCGGUGCUGCGGCUCGCGCACCAGUAUGCCGUGCGCGCCUUCGCGGAGAACUGGAAGCGUGUCGAGGUCGUGCAGGCUUUCGCGUGCAUGACAUACUGGAAGGAGCCGGACGACCCGCGCACGUGGACGUACAUCGGGUACGCGUGCCGCAUGGCAAUCGAGCUAGGGCUCAAUCGCUACGUCGGGCGGGGGCUUACGGGCGAGAACGACAUGCAAAGGCGGGAGCGCCGCAACCGCGAGCGGACGUACCUUGUGCUAUGGGUGCACGACCGCAGCCUGAGCAUGCAGACGGGAAAGCAUUGGAUGCUUCCGAAGGACGACGAGCUGGUGAGGCACUCGGGGACGUGGCACUCGGAGGGUGGGAGCCAGACCCGCCAGGAGGACGUCAUCGUGUCCGCGUUCACGCAGCUCCGGGGCAUCGCUGCGAAUACGACGGACGUGUUCAACAUGGCGCAGGGCGGGUCGGCGUCGAGUGGAGAUGACGUUGACUAUGAGGUCCUUCUACGCGACUGCAACUGCAAGCUGAACCAGUGGGUGCAAACUUGGUGCGAGGAGAUGAAGGGAGCGGGUGGCUCACGAUUCCACCUCUCGAUGCUCAUGUUCUUCCAGCUGCACGUGCGGCUGUUCCUCAACACCUUCGGGAUCCACUCGAACAGCUCGUCCGGCUCUUCGUGCAACGUCGAGGCGCUCAACGCCUGUCACACCGCAGCGAUGUCGGGUCUCAAAAUCGUCGCGCAAGACUUUGUCGACUUGCAAAUGCUGCGGUACGGACAGGACUCGAUCACGGUCAUGACAGCGUACUCUGCUGUCGUCUUGCUCAAGCUGCUUCGUGCUAGCAUCUCGCCGUCACUGUCGGAUCUCAGAACCAAUGCAAUGCAAGAGAUCCACAACAUGAUCGGCAAGACUGCGAAGGCGUAUCACGACGCCGCACAUCUCAGCCAGCAGUCGUACUCCGCAGCGUAUCACGACCGCUUCCUGCGGUCGCUCAUCGCGAACGACCUCCAGAAGGCGCAGCAGCGGCAGGCGGAGCGCGAGCUGUACUCGCGUGAGAUGGCCAGCACCAACGGGCGCGGCGUGCCGUCGUCGUACGUGUACGGGAUGCAGGCGAAUGGCAUCGAGCACCCCCAGGCGCCCCAGCAUAGCGGGUACUACUCGCAGUCGCCUGCUGUCUCGUCGGCGUUGACGUCGAGCACCGCCUCUUCGUCGUCCUCCCCGUAUACGCAUCCCACGGCCUCGUCGUCGUACAUGCCGCACCGCGAGCAGGACUACCCGAUGUCGGACUCGACGCACCGCGGCGGAGGCAUGAGCAACUUCAGCCUGGCGGGGAUCUCGACGACGUACGCGCAGUACCAGGCGCAGCCGAUGGAGGAGCACGACUCGAUAUACUGGCGGAACAUGUUCAAGGACCUCGGCUUCGACGGCGGCGCAGAGCCGCACCCCCAGGUACAGGCCCACGCCGCGUAUGGGAACGGCGGGUACGUGGCACCGGCGGGCGCGAUCGCUGAGGCGGGGGCGAGCACGAGCGGGAUGCAUAUGCCGGUGCAGCAAGCCCCGGUGCACCCGCAGCAGUCGCAUGGCGGUGUCACGUAUCGGGAGGCGCCCGUUGAGUACGCUGGGUACCAGAGCCACGGGGGAUACGCUGGGUACGUCACGGGGUACCAGGCUCCCUACGGUCGGUGAGGCCGGCAGCGUUUCCUCGGCGUUCUGUCGUCCGAGUUGCAUGGACCUUCUUGGACCGUUCAUCGUAUCCGACCCCAUCCUCCAAGUCGCAUCGCCUUCUUGACCUUCACCCCGCCCCGUACUUGCAUUUGACCUUCGCCUUCGUUUACCGUCGACCGUGCCCUCCCUUCCUCCUCCCAGUAUGUACGCUUGGUCCCCCGUAUCUUUGUCCCUCCCCUGUGUUCCCCGCCCGUCGCGCGCACUCGACAUGUAAGAUAGGCUCCAUGUCUGCCUGAUAUUUCCCGGAUGUUUCCCCGAUUCUGUGGCGUCGUAUAUUGGUAUUGUAAUGUGUGUGUGUGACUUCACCCGUACUCUAGAUUCUGCGCAGACCGCACGUCGGUAGUAGUGUAAAUUAUGACAUUCGAAACGACAUGUUGAUCUUGUACUGGAUACAUUGGCGUGGUUGCGGAUAUGCCCCG